AUGUCACGAAGAAUACACCCCGCGUUUCAGAGUAAAACGGUCGUCAAACUAGAGUGCAAGUAUUGCGAAAGAUACAUUUGUGCUCGUGGAAUGAGGGCGCUUUUGUUGGCCGACACCAAGGUGGAACUCUACUCGACUGACUUGCCCCCAGAAAAGUAAGUUUAAUGGUUGUUUCUUUGUAAAUAAGGAUAAAGCUGGUCCAUUUUUUACCGGAUAACCUAUAACAUUUUCGCAUUUCUUUGUAGUGCUAUUCAGCUGAUUGGAACAGAUUACUCGACAGAAAACUGUGAUUGUCGAAUCAAAGAUGUUGCCUGCCUCGGAUGGUAAGCUUCAAAUCAAUGAAUCGCAUUUUAUUUGCCUCUCUUUUCAAAAUUGCCCUUCUGAGGAAAUCUUCAUGUCAUGUUUUCAAUAGUUAGUUGUGAUUUUGAACUCUCGUUUAUGCUGUAUUUGUCUCAAUUUUCAGCGGAAAUGUUGUCGGAUACCAUGUAACUCUUCCAUGUCAAUCCUGUAUUCGUUCCUGUAACAACGGUCAUUUCUGGAUGUUUCACUCCAGUGCUGUUACGCCUGUCGAAAGAUUGGAUCAAACAGGUAAAAAUCCGUAAUAUAUUGAUAGCUUGUACUGAUAAAAAUGAAAACCUCACAGUGGACUUGGGGGAAAGCACGUGGAGAUUCUAAAUUUUAUACAGCUGUUUAAUUGUUUGAUGUCAUAAGUUGACAUCAUUGUUGUUUUGCACUUUAUUCAGCUUUUUGUCUGUAAUAAGUUACAGUAUUUAUUUCCGGUGAUUAUGGUGUUGUUAUGCUAACUUUUGGACGUGAUAUGACCACAUUUUGCAUUGAUAACCGUAACAGAUGACAAGUAAAUAAGUUGGAAAUAAAUCGUAGCUAAUCAGGUCAUAAUCUCCUUUUUAAUAACCCAUGGGAUAGAGAAAGGCGACUAUACUAUAAAAAAUUUUUAUGCAGCAUUACACUCUAAAUUUUUCAUCACUCGAGACUGAUGGCCACUAAUUAUUAGGUACUGUUGCAUGGGUGAAGCAAAAUCACUCGAGCUCACAUGUAAACGCAGCUUAGGCCCAGUUCAAGGGGUCAAACUUUUCAUGUACCUUACUGAAUACUUAUUUAGGUCCACUAAACUGACGAUACAGGUUUGACAGUUGAUUCAAACAUCUCAACUUUAUAAGUCGGACGCAAUUUAUUUUCACGAUGUACAAUGCUUCUUAUAGCAAUUGUAUGAACAAGAUUUUGCACAUGAAAGCAGUGUUUGAAGCAAAGUCACUUCACUGUCAAAAUUCUCAUGUGGGUCAUGCAAACUUAAUUCAUGGGUUGGCCUAAACUUUAUUGAUUCAAACUAAAUUGUAGGAAUUAAUUCAUGGGUUUCUUUUUUUCAACUGUGCCUUAUCUGAGGCACCAAACUUUCAAUUGGGGAUUCAAAUGAUUUUUUGGGUUUGAAAUUUUGAUUUUUUUGUACUAAAUUUCUUUGAAGGGGUGAUUUGAGUAGGGAUUUUUGGGAUUCCAGUGCCCUGGCUACGUAGUUCUGUGAAUAAAGGUUCUUGUUUCAACUGUUAUAAAAAUAGUCUGCAUUGUCCCAUGGUGCCCGGCCGUGUACAAGACUUCAACCAGUUCAAACACGAGUGUUCACCCAAUGUUUUUUUUUUGUGUUAUGACAAGUUCAUUUUUUGGGGUUAAUUUUGUUAAUGGAAGCCCUAGGGAUUUUUGGGUCUUGACUUUUUUAUUCGAUCAUCCUGUGUACCCCGGGGGGGGACAAGUUCAUAAUUUUAAUGCUUCUGUUUGCUUGUAGGAAUUCAAAUAAUGUUGUGGGGAUCUCUUCCCAACUCAAAAGAAGACACCGAGUUGAGCGAUGAUGAUAUGUGGAUGGAAGAAUGCUGCAGAUAAAUUAAAUAUAAAAAAGAGAAGGGAGAAAUAAAUAUUUAUACCUUAACAAAUGUACAAAGGCGCGAUGUAAAUAGAUAAUAAGCCAGUUAAGUCAAACUGUUGUGAAGAGUUUGACAUUUUUCAAAAAAUUAACUCCAAGAGGGUAAAGUUCAUGUUCUUGCCAUAAUAAAGGAGAAAUAGGAUAAUAUCCACUAGUUUGUUUAAAAAAAUUCAUAAUCACUGUUGGUUAGCUUGUUUAUGUUAAUAUUCUUUUAUUUCAUCGUAUUAGAUUUUUUGUUUCUUCUACAAUGUACUUGGUGAAAUCUUCUUGAUACAGAUACCAAAGGGUCAAAGCCUAGUGUCCUCAUUACAGAGGUGUCCAGGCAUGUUAUAGAGUAAGGAUAUGAUGUUUUCAAACUUUGGUACCAAGAGAACAGUUCAUAGAUGAGAGGUUUCUGCUGUGCUGUGCUCUAAGAUUAGUCUAGGGAGGCUCAUGCUCUGAACCUGUGAAAUCCAAGAUACCCAGUGUACAAUUUUUUUGCAAAAACUGAAAGAGUCAAGCCAGAUAGAGCGUACCCCCCAAGAUUCCAUCAAUGAAUUUAUAAUUCGAAAGUUUAAUGCAUUGGUAGUUGCAGAUUUCAAAUUCUUCUCUACAUUCUUACAUGCAUAUUGAGCUGUGAAUUCACACGCAAGGGAGUUGCAAAAUUUCUGCCAGCUCAGUUUUCCUGAAUUUGAUGUUAAUGUCUUUUAACAAAUUUAAUCCAUUCAAGCAUUUUCAAUCUGACCAAAUACAGAGAAGUUUUUGUAAAAUAUUCACUGCUCAUUACGCAUGCAGGAAUGCCGAUUUGAAUUUGACACUAGUUAUGGGAGCGACUAAUGGAUGCCUUUUCAAAUAAUCAAUUCAUUAAUAGAAUCUUGGGGGGUACGCUUGACCUGCCUUGACUGUAAGAGCCCCUGAGGUUUGCCUAGACUUGCACCAAGUUGACCUCUUUUUGUCAAUAGUACAACAGAAAAAUUUGUAAGUAACCUGAAAGCAAGCAAAGCAAGCUUUAACUAGGUACUUGACAAAACAAGACCAUUCGACUAAGAGGGACUUUGUGAAAGUCUUUUUGUUUAGUUUCAUCUUGAUAAGCUAGUAAAGAAGUAACUUUUUUCUUGGUCUAAAUAUUAGGUUCAUUCUUCAGAGCUCAAACCAGAGGCAGACAAAGGUUUGAGGGAAUAUAAAUGACAUGUUUAUUGUUUUUAGAUAGUGAUUAUAUUGAGACUCUGAACUUGUCAAACCAUGUGAGAUGGAGAUUCUUUAAGGUAUCUUUUUGUGAAGUCAAGUCUGAUCGAGUGAAGCAGAAACCACUAAGAAGUAUGAACUGAUGUUAGGGUGCCACAAUCUGUUGAAUAUUAUGGAAAUAUUCUCUGCCGCAUAGCAGCUUGAAGGAAGCAUGUCUGCUUGAAUAAAAGCUCUGAAAUAAAAUAAUGAUGACUGAUAAAACUUGUGUUGUGCUUUCUUGCUAUGU